AUGGCACUCCGGGGAGCCUGCCUGCUCCUCUGCCUCCUCUCCCUCGUCCAGGUCUCCAGUCAACAAAACGGCAAAGCCCGGCAAAAACCAGCAGCUUCCAAGAAAGAUGGUGUGAGCCUUAAAAUGAUUGAAGACCUGAAGGCCAUGAUUGACAACAUCUCUCAGGAGGUUGCUCUGCUGAAGGAAAAGCAAGCACUCCAGACAGUUUGCCUGAAAGGCACCAAAAUUCACCUAAAAUGCUUUCUUGCAUUUUCGGAGACCAAGACGUACCACGAGGCCAGUGAAAACUGCAUCUCGCAGGGGGGAACGCUCAGCACCCCACAGAACGGGGAGGAGAACGAUGCCCUCUACGACUACAUGCGCAAGAGCAUCGGCUCCGAGGUGGAGAUCUGGCUGGGCCUCAACGACAUGGCAGCGGAGGGCAAGUGGGUCGACAUGACUGGUGGCCCCAUCCGCUACAAGAACUGGGAGACUGAAAUCACCACCCAGCCUGACGGCGGCAAGCUGGAAAACUGCGCAGCCUUGUCGGGGGCCGCCAUCGGCAAGUGGUUCGACAAGAAGUGCAGAGAGCAGCUGCCCUACGUCUGCCAGUUCAUGAUCGUGUAG